GUGUCAUUGAAAUAGUAGUCAAAAAGUCUCUGGUUUUCGUGACAUCCUUUUGUCUCCAAAUGCAGUUUCUUCACGAGUUGUUGUCAGGUGUCUACCUUUAAUUUCCACCGGUUAUCAAGUGCCGCAGACUAAGAUGGGAAAAGCUACAAGAUGGUUGAAGGCCAUAUUGGGAAUGAGGAGAGAAAAAUUCAGUCUUGACAGUGCAUAUUCCGUUUCUAGCGACAAGAAGGAGACAAAAAGGUGGAGUUUUAGCAAGUCUGGGAAGGAUUCUGAUGCGCUGAACAAGUAUCGGCCCAGCAGUUCAAUCUCGGAUGCUGCAUGGCUCAAGUCUUACGUUGCGGAGGCGAAGAAGGGGCAAAAUGAGCAGGCGAUUGUGGUCGCAGCCGCCACGGCAGCAGCUGCUGAUGCCGCAGUUGCAGCUGCAGAGGCGGCGGCGGCGAUCAUGAAGCUAACGAGCUAUGGCAGAGGGACCAUGCCGAGAGGUGGGAGGGAGAGGUGGGCUGCAGUGAAAAUCCAGACCACUUUCAGAGGUUUUCUUGCCCGGAAAGCGCUUCGAGCUCUCAAAGGAUUGGUUAAGCUGCAAGCCUUUGUUAGAGGCUAUCUGGUCAGGAAGCGGGCUUCUGCCGCUCUGCGUAGCAUGCAGGCUAUAGUUCGAGCCCAAGCUGCCGUCAGAUCGCAUCAAGCUCGCCAUUCCCUCGACAAAGAGAACCGGUAUUCUUUGGAAAACCGACCCCGGAGAUCCAUGGAAAAAGUUUGUGAUCCAAGAAGUGCAAUCCACAGCAAGAGGUUCUCUACUUCUUCAGAGUUCACGAGCAAUUUCGAAGAGAGCCCCAAAAUUGUCGAGGUCGACACGUUCAAGCCUCGUUCGAGAUUCUGCCAAAUCCACAGCCCGUUGAUGGAAUGCAUCUACGAUGGAUUGGACUAUUCCGUUUCGAAGCAGUACUCCGAGUGGCCCCUCGCCGGCAACGAGUGUAGAACUCCAACGCCGGUUAGGAGCCCCUGUGGAGAUGGCUACUACGGGCCUCGCUCCGAGCUCCCGAGCUACAUGGCGAGCACCCAGUCGUUCAAGGCCAAGUCGAGGUCGCUCAGCGCCCCCAGGCAAAGACCCGAUGAAGGGUCGAAGAAGAGGUUCACGCUCAGCGAGAUCAUCGCCGCCCGGAACAGCGUCAGCGCCAUCGGAAUGCAUCGGUCGUGCUCUCGGUUUUGAGACAUCUUCGAAUGACCGCGAUUCGUUUGCCAAUACCCACGGUCGCUGCCUCUUGCGAAUAGUAUAGAUGUCUCGAUUUAGAGCUUUCAUCUUCAAUUUAGAUGUCUGCAAUGAACGAAGAUCCAGCAGUGUUUUUUUGUGUAGAUUCUUAGUCAAUUUUGGGAGUU